CUUUAACACGUCUCUGUUUGUUUCUGUCAGACUCCAUAUCACGUGAAUCUGCUGUUGGCGGGGUAUGAUGAGACCGAUGGACCCGGCCUUUACUAUAUGGAUCACCUGUCAGCUCUCGCCAAAGCCCCAUUCGCCGCUCAUGGAUACGGAGCUUUCCUCACACUCUCCAUCCUGGACCGAUACUACAGACCAGAUCUGACCCGUGAGGAGGCUGUGGAUCUGCUCAAGAAGUGUUUAGAGGAGCUCAACAAGCGCUUCAUCCUGAAUCUUCCUUCGUUCACCGUUCGUCUGAUCGAUAAAGACGGCAUUCACGACAUGGAGAAGCUUCCCGUGGGCCGCAAAUGAGCCACUGCUGGUUUUCACUCUCUUUUGUACUAAAAAAUAACCCUCUGUGCUCUAAUAAACAUCUUGACCCCGUGUACAA